GGAAUAACCGAAAAGCUAUUAGAGCGAUUAAUCUUUUUAUUGUGUUGUCCAACUUGGAUAAUUCUCGCGAAGCUUCGCGCGCAUUUAUGCCUCGCCCUAAUCACGCUCCUUCCACUUACCGGUUUCCUUCAUUCGUGUUCGGAGGAAAGAGGAAGAAAGAUUACGCUUAUACAUAUAUACUUGUACACAUAAGUGUGAGAAAAAGAGAAAAGUGUAGAGCGACACGCGAGGUUUCACUUCGUUCCAUCAUAGAACGCGGUCGGUCAGUCUAUUCCGAAAACUUAGCUGCUUCGAACGUACUUUUACAAAGGAACAAUACUACCUAAAAAAAUAGCAAGAUGGUGAAAUCCGUUGAACACGUUGAAAGCUCCGCAGAUUUGGAUGCAAAAUUGGAAAAGGCUGGCAAAACUUUAGUUGUAAUCGAUUUUUACGCGACAUGGUGCGGUCCUUGCAAAAUAAUCGGACCGAAGAUCGAGGAAUUAGCCGAGGAAAGAGAGGACGUCAUUUUCCUUAAAGUCGAUGUCGAGGAAUGUGAAGAUAUAGUUAGCAAGUACGAAAUAACCAACAUGCCUACUUUCGUUUUUAUCAAAGAAGGCAAAGUGUUGGAAAAAUUCUCUGGUGCUAAUUACGAUUUGUUGUUAAGCACGAUCCAAACUCACAAAUAGAUAAAAACGAAUGGUUCGAUGUGUUGUAUUUUUAAGCUAAAUAAUCUAUCGCAUAACAAUAAUAUGCACGCACGAGUCACACAAAUAUUAUAUCGUAAUCUGAAUACUAUAUAUAUUUAUAUAUAUAUGUAUAUAUAUAUAUAGUCUUCUUUUCUAUUAAUUCAAAUGCAAUGGUAUAACAUCUCAACAAAAUUUUCUCCGUAACACGUUAUAUCUUUUACCCAUUUGUAUAUCUAUUUUGCGAAAUAAAGUGUACUCGGCUUACAAUAUGUACAAAUUAA